AUGCUCCACGCCUGCAAGAAUUACAUAGACACCAAGGUCAAAGCGGAAGGCAAGUCUUUCUACAUCACCUUUGUAUAUUGGGAGCCUGACCAUACACAAAGACAAAGGGUUUGGGAUGAAAUAAGAGAAACAGUGGGAGAGAGAUCCGAACCCUGGUUAUUAACUGGUGACUUCAACGAGAUCAUCAAUGCCUCAGAGAAAAGAGGAGGUCCGCUACGCCCAGAAGGAUCCUUUGUCGAGUUCAGGACCUUCAUGUCAGAAUGCGACCUAAAUGACUUGAGGUACUCGGGAAAUUUCCUUUCCUGGAGAGGUCAAAGAAAUGAACAUCUGGUAAGGUGUAGACUAGACAGGGCUAUGUCAAAUAGCGCUUGGGCUGAAGAGUACCCUACGAGACGAAGUGAAUACCUUAAGUUUGAAGGAUCAGACCAUCGACCAAUCAUCACCAUUUCGACCCGCUGA